AUGAGGAGUUUGGAUUUCUUAGAUGUCCCAGAAGGGUCCCCGCAGCAGCGUACAGCAGCUGUGGGCUCCCGAAGUGUAUUGUGGAAGAAAUUGUUAGCAGUCCCCAUAGUGGGUGCAGUUCUGCUUAUAACUAUCAUUGUAAUGGCUGUCCAAAAGACACAGCCUUGCUCACCAUGCCCCUUUCUUGGCAUCACUGCCUGCCCACAACAUUGGAUUGGGUACCAUGGGAAAUGUUAUUAUAAAUCUGAAGAUGAAGGGGAUUGGAAUAGCAGUGAGACUAAAUGCUUUGCAUUUGGUGCCACGUUGGCAUUGAUUGAUUCACAAUGGGAUCUGAGUUUUCUAGUAAACCUGACUCGCCCUGGACACCACUGGAUUGGCCUCUCCAAACAGACAGGCCUAGUGUGGAAAUGGCAAAAUGGCACAGAGUUUGCUGAUCAGUUUCUUGUGCGAGGAGAUAAUGCAUGUGCGUAUUUAGAUGACACUGGUGUGAGUAGCACCAGGUGUUCCCUGGAGAAAAACUUCCUCUGUAGCCAGGCGGAUGCCUGUAGUGUUAAGAUGAGAAAACCCAGCCCUAGAAAGAAAUGUUACGCUGAUGGGAUAGGCUUGUUUUGA